AUGGCUGCAUCCAGGCCGAGCAGCAUGGCCGUGGCAAUGGUGGCGGUCGUGGCCGUGCUCCUGUGCGCGGGCGUGCGGCCGGCGGAGGCGUGCAACGGCCACCCGUGCCCCUCGCCGGCGGGCAAUUGCCCCGUGAACGCGGUGAAGCUGGCGGUGUGCGCGGACGUGCUGGACGGGCUGAUCCACGUGGUGCUGGGGCAGUCGCCGCCCAAGCAGCCGUGCUGCUCCAUCAUCUCCGGCCUGGUGGACCUGGACGCCGCCGCCUGCGUCUGCCUCGCCAUCAACGCCAACGUCCUGGGCAUCAACCUCGACGUCGACGUCGACCUCACGCUCCUGCUCAACUACUGCGACUGCAAGGUGCCCAAGGGCUUCCGUUGCGACUGA